AUGGCGGGUGACUUUCCGCAUCGGUCUCCACAGCAGCACAGAGCGUUUCUUGGGCCAAGCCACGGGUACAACCCUGUUACGGCGUCUCCGAUACGCAGGUUACGGGCCUGGGUGCAUCGGCGCAUGGUUCAUGGGAGGCAGCAAGAAUGCAAUGGGACAAGCCGGGAAAAUAACAGCCGGGUGCGUUUACAAUUCGUCCGGCCGGCGGUUGUAUUCGUCCGGUCCGAAUGCACAACGUGGAGAUUGACAACAUCGCACACCGACUGGAAUAUGAGAGUGCCCGCAACGACGGAGCAAACGGCGAUAAUGAUCACUGAUCGGAUUCUCCGCUCCACGAUAAAAGUGGAUCUGUACCUGGGCCCCUCCGAACUUCAGAUCCGCUUGUCCCCGGAACGGGGAUGGCCCCGGCUACAAGUCGCCGAUAAGAGGGGCGGCUGGAAACGAUGUGCCGCCCGCUAUCAGAUUAGGAUCACCGCAGAAGCAACCAUCGAAGUAUGA